AUGGCACUUGGAUCAAAUAUAGGCAUUAUGGAUGGAGCCUUUUUUGUAGGAAAAACAGAGCUCCUCAGCUGGGUUAACGGUCUCCUCCAACUAAAUAUCACAAAGGUCGAGCAAAUGGCAACAGGAGCUGUAUAUAUUAAAAUGGCGUAGUCAAGCAACCACCCUCUUUACUAUAGCUGGCCCCGUGCUAGUGCAGGAACCUUGAGGAAGGAAGGAUGACCUUCGUAAAUGUGUAUGGUUAGAUUUUAUCUGUCUGAUUAAGGUAGUUUCGGGCUAGCUGACCGUAUCCUUACUCCAAUUCAGAGUUUUUGCCUAGAGGGGAAUGGAACUAAGAGUUGGAAAGGGAUAUUUCAUCAGCGCAGAAGUGAGUUUCUUUGCCAAUCAGGACUAUUUUCUAGCGUAAAAUCUGGAUUUACGCCUUGGGCUUGAGAUUUCAACCACGACUAAGAGUCGACAGAAGAUUCAACCAUUUUAAAUUUUCAAUGGCAGGCAAUCUUGUAGCUCUACCAGAUAUGAAUAACCUUCGGGAUGUCGUGAACGCGACCUGAAGAGCAAGUGGAGCAUUAGGGGUGGGGAUAGUCAUUCAGAAAUUACAGUGGACUUUUCGAUAAGGAGCUGCUUAUUGCCAAAUUAUGGAUGCAGUAUUCCCGGGAUGCAUAAAUCUCAGCAAAAUUAAUUGGAGCGCUAAAUAUGAUCACGAGUACACCCACAACUUUAAGCUCCUGCAAGCCGCUUUUGAUAAAAAUAACGUGCAAAAAUUUAUUGAAGUUGAAAAACUUAUAAAGGCAAAAUCAUUAGAUAAUUUAGAAUUUUUACAAUGGUUCAAGCGGUUUGUGGAUUUAAAUUAUAGAGGAGGGGACUACCCCGCUUUAGAAAGAAGGAGAGGAGCUAAAACGCCAUGGGAUGUAGGCGAAAGAGCUGGGCCUCAAGUAUCGCAGCCGAGAUCUCAAAAUCCUCCACAACAGAGAAAUCCGAAACCUGCUGUAGCUUCAAGAGCUCCUCAGCCAAAGGCGAAACCUGUAAGAGAAGCAAAACCAGACGAAAGUGAAGUUACCAGACAAAUUGCAGAACUAAGACUGACUGCAGAUUCUUUAUACUAUGUUAAAUGAAUUUUUAUGUAUUUAGAAAAUAAAAUAUUUUUGGAAUAUUUGGUAGGAUAUAUAAUAGAAAAGGAAAGGGAUUUUUAUUUUGGAAAAUUAAGGGCUAUUGAGCUGUUUUGUGAACACUUUGAAAAUCAAGAAAAUCCUAUUGUCAUGGAUAUACAGAAAAUAUUAUUCGCGACAGAUGAAGAAAAUGUCGCAGUGAAUGAUGAUGGGAGUGUUUCUAUUACACCAAUUGAGCCGGCGGAGUUGUAG